CGGUUAACAACAUAAGACAGUGUAUUUAUAUACGUAGUAGUACAAUAUAUAUGGAGGGAAGUUCAUCAAAGAGGAAGGUCGAGGGUGAGGAGGAAGAGGUGAAGUACCGCGGCGUGCGAAGGCGGCCGUGGGGUAAAUAUGCUGCGGAGAUACGCGACCCGACGCGGCAGGGCGCUCGGCAGUGGCUUGGAACAUAUGAGACGGCGGCAGCGGCAGCAAGGGCGUAUGACGAGGCAGCAUUCAGACUAAAAGGCCAUUUGGCAAUCCUCAACUUCCCCAAUGAAUACUAUUCUAAGCUCCCAAAUCCUCCCUCUUACCUCCCGCCUUCGUCGUCACUUUCUUCUUCUUCUUCCGCACCCCGCGGAGGUAGCAGCGGGAAGAGGAAUACCCCCGGAAAAACUGCUAAUAAAAAUGAGGUCUUUGAGAUUGAGUGCUACGAUGAUGGCCUGCUGGAGAAGCUUCUUCAAGAAGAUGACGACGACGACUAGCUAGCUAUUACGUAGUAGCUAGCUAGAUCGAAUUGAAUAAAAGUUGUACGUUCAUAUGUAAUCUAUAUAUGCUUACUUAGCUAGUUUCAUAUCAUCAUCAUUAUAUAUGCCUUAGCUUGCAUGAUCAUUCAUGUAGGCCAAAUAAAUUUCGCUGCGUUUGGGCGAUUAGAUUUAAUCUAAUUGGUCGAGAGAUCGGAUCCUCUACCAUAUAUUUUAGUCAACCAACAUGCACAGCUAGUAAACCUCGAUCACCUAAACAAAAUUCUCAUGAUUGAGAUUUAGAAGCUGGAGGUUAAUUAGUUACCCAACAUGGCGUUUGGUGUAUGUAUUUUUGUCACCAAACUCGAUCAUUUCUUCUUCUUCUUUCCUCUCCUUUUCUGCCAUUAAUAAUUAAUACUAAGCGUAUAUAUAUAAGCUUGUUGAUUA